AGGAUCCAUUUUGUUGUUAGACGGAGACAAACUGGUGAAGGAUAAUAAUAUCAUUCCGCUGUAGCCUCGGAUUUGAACAAAGAUUCACAUAUCGGGAAAUAUUUUCUCCAUAAACAACUACAGCCGACCGACUAGACCAAGAGAGGACGAAAGGCUUACUCCAUCAAAGCCUGAGGAAGUCGAUUCACGGCUUCUAGAGCACCGUGCGCCGAGGUGAAUUCAUGUUCAGCUCGGUUACACGACAAAACAACGCUGAUUGGCACAUGAAAACUUCAGAUCUUGCUGGACAUAGAUGUGCAGCGAGAAGUAGAUCAACUACUUCGAGGACCUGGAGCCCGAUUGGUGAAGAGAAAUUAAAAAGUGAAGAGAACCACGCACUCAACUUUUUUACAACAGAGAGGUGACAUCCAGUUAAAGCAGUAUGGGAGGUGGCGAGAGAUACAACAUUCCAGAUCGCCCAGCGCCCAAGAAGAGCCACCCGAUCAGCAGGGGCAAGCAGAGAAGUCGAGACCAGAAUGGAGUGGUGCAUUCUGCCUCCUCAGGAGCCUUAGGGGUGCCCCAUCACCAUGGCCAUCGCAGGGGUGAGAAGGGCACCGGCUAUUCUUGGUCUCCUGAGGCGUGGCAGGCCGCGUCUGUAGACAAGAAGAAUGCCUCUGUUCGUUUUACCACACCUUACGAUCAGAAUUGGGAGGGUACCGUAUCCCAUCUGAACAAACUUUUGUCAGCUCAGUGUGGUCAGAACUAUGCUGGAGCCAAGUUUAGUGAGCCCCCAUCCCCAAGUGUGCUACCCAAGCCCCCGAGCCACUGGGUGUCUCUUCCCAUGGGUGCUUGCGAUCAUCGUGAGAUGAUGACCUUUCAGUUAAAGAGCCUCCUGAAGGUUCAGGCCUAAGAAGGUCACUCACCGCUGCUCUCUUAAGCCAAUAUAAAAACGAAGGCUCCACUUUGGCAUCUCGCCCUCCUCUUGAAUGCUCCAGCUGCGUAAUAUAUUUUACGGCUAUUUUUAGAUUCAUGUCUUGAUAGGGUGACGACCAGGAUUUCUCCCGAUCACCUGUUUUUGUUUUUUUUUAAAGAGGAAACCGCUCGACUAGAUAUUACGUCGCUGUGGCCUUAAGGGGUGGUCGAGAAGUUUUAGCGCAGCCGUAUGCCAUGACAAAUGAUGAACUGGAUGUUCUCCGUAAUAACUCAUUGCUCUGUUAUGCUCCUGUUUUGUUUUGUUCUUUUUUUGAUGGCUGUUUGUGACAGUCAGUGCGUUUUUUCUUCUCAACCAGGCUUAGGAGUAGACGAAAUUCACACGCCAUUUUCCUCACAUUUUUUCGCUCGCUGAGGUUUGAUGCGCACUCUCGGCUUGAGUUUUAAUCAUGCGGGGAGUGUCGGAAACCUCUUGGUGCUAAGCACAGCAGCAUUUGUAGCGUUCUAGUGCAUACUGCAUUUCCAGGUAUCUCUUUUUAUUUCGCUUUUUGGGAAGUAAAAGCCACUCGACUUCGUUCUGCAGGGAGACCUAAGCGAACAGUAUAUGAAGGGGAACAAGCUUAAGUGAACAUAGGUCAUUUUGACUAACCUCAAGCCUAAUGAGGUGGCACAACGGACCUUGUGGUUUCAACACCUGUACUUCUUUUUCUAAUGGCGCUGUGCGCAUUGCACUAUAGGUGUUGAAAUUCACUAAGGUUCACAAGCUCUAUUGCAGCGUUAAACUUUUUUUUUGCAUCCCUUAUGUUAUAGCUUAGAAAACUAAGUGUGAUUUUUAAUGUUUACCAAAGCUAAGUAAUCUGCAAUUUUCUGUUGGACCCCCCCCCUUGCUUAACCAGAUCUGGUUACAAGUGCCAUAAAAUCAUCGGGUAAGGCAUUAUAUCAAGGUUUUGGUUGACAAAUCAUUUUUGGAAUUCGUUUCUUUUUCCGCUGUACUUUUGGAACGAUCGCAGAGCAAAUGUGCGGAGGAGGGUUAUGAUAGGAGAACAUAGGAAGGAUGUUUUCUCUGGUCUCGUCUCAUAGCCUUGUUUGCUCUGCGAUGGUUUCGAUACAAGCAUUACGUUAUGAAUUGUGUGUAUUAUGGCACGGGGGAACUGAGAAAUAGUGCGCAAGUCCAGUGAGGACAUGUUUACAUUGUUUGUUUUAUAAGAAGGCAGGCGGCCGACAUUUUACACACACUGCCCUUUCUCACUUGUUGUUAUUCUUGCACUGCUGUUCAUUUGUGUUCGAAAGUUUCAGACAAUGUUGCUCUUUCAACUGUGGAUAUGUGAAAAAGCACCCCUUCCCACUUGGUUAUGAGUGUGGUGGAAACUACCUCUCUUGCAGAACGUGAUAUUAAUAGCUAUCUUAAAGAUGACAAAACAAAGCUGAUGAGUUUUGAUGUGUGUAAUAGAGCCAUGUAAAUAAUGAAAUGUAUAAAAUGUUGUAGCAUAUUGUACAUUUGUGCAGGUCCGUUUGAAACCUGCAGAUAAAGUAUUUUUAGUAAUAACACUGAAUGUAAAAGUCACGCUGAGGACGUGGCUUGUUUUAAAAUGCUGAAGAAUAUUUUGUUAAAAAAAAGAGAAAAUUUUGCCUAUAGUGCGUCAAAACCCCUGCACUGUGUGAUUUGUUGCCAGUGAUCUUGCACAUAAUAUUUUUUAUUUUGUAUAAUGCACCGUGUAGGGGCAGAGCGAGCUUUAUGUGCAAGUCAAAAAAAGAAAAAGGAAAAAAAAAUUGAAAUCGAAAGGGACUUUUAUACAUUUUGUUUUUGAGUUGCCUAUGCAAAUAGAAACAUUGUUUUAAUUUUUUACAUUAUAACUCCUUUUGCCCUUUAUCCAGAGUCCUUAAAGCAGUGAUGCAUUUGCCUCAAGUCAUUGGUCUUUUCCUCCGCGGGCCAAUGUUUUGAUGCCAAUGUUGUUGCAUUUUUACCUCCAGAAAUGUCGGAUUAUAUUUUAACCCUUUAAAGUAAAAAGUAAAUGAUCUUAAUGGAAUGUGUAAAAGUCCUUUUCCUAAAUUUGGUUAUCCUGAACAAUUGGCUACGAAUUUAUCCCAACCUGAAAAUGUCACUUGAAAUGGAAAAUAAAAGCCCUUUUGGUAAGAAUUGGUAUGUGCUAAAAUAUUGUUUAAUUUGGUUGUCUGAAAAAACGAAAAGAAAUAAAAUCCCUUCCCUUCCCCCCA